AUGACUCGCUGGACCGACGAGAACAAGGCGACUCUCCUCCGCCUCAUCUUUGAGACUCAGAAUUUCCAGAUCGAUCUCGACAAGAUCGUCGAUGCCUGGCCCGGAGACGACAAGCCCACCGGCAAAGCGCUCAGCGAACAGCUGGGCAAAUACCGCAAGCCUGGCAGCUCCAUAACCUUUAGGUUUACCAAGGGCAAGCGGGCUGCUCCUGAUGGAUCGGGAUCAUCUGCGCCUAAUACCCCUACUCCCAAGAGAAUCCGAAAGACCAAUGGAAAGGCUAGCAAGGUGAAGGCGGAAGUGCCCUCUUCUCCUGUCCCUGUGCCUAAGAUUAAGGGCGAGAUUGUGGAAGAUGAUAAGAAGUUUCUGGAAGCUUAA